AUGGCCGCGUUCUUCACAUUAGAGGCUGCCGCGUGGGCCAACGGAAAAGUGAUCUCCUCCAAAUCAGCCGACUUGAAUAAGAAAUUAGGAACUAUUAAUAACGAUAUCGCAGCCAAGAUCAGCCCUCAGUUCAUGGCUCAAGUGCAAUGUUAUAGCCCGGACAAGAAGAUACUUAAUAUUACUGGAUUCAGGACAUGGACCGAGUUAGCUAGAAAGUUUUAUAACGCCCCUGAGAUCCAAAAGAUUUACAACGCCUUAGAUAAACUAAAUCUCAGUGCAAAGACAACUGCCGAUACCCAGAAGUACAUGUGGGUCAUCAAGAACCUGGGUUUACCGGGUAGUUUAUUAAAGUUCGCCCAAGUCAUUACGGUUAUUAUUAUGGUCAAGAAGUUAAAUAUUGCCAGGACACAGGUCAGAAAGGCCGCCGAGAACCUCGACCCCGACUCGACCCGCAAUACCUGGGAGAUUAAGGAGACGGAGCCGAGCGCUUUUAAGAUAAUAGACACCUGGGGAAAAUUCGCUACUAGUAUUAUUAUAGUCGUUUCGGUUAUUAACAUUUUCCUAAAUAUUUACAAUAUUAUUAACGUGAUAGAUCAGAGCAAGACCAUAUACGAUAAGCUCAGCGGGCCCAUUAAAUAA